AAGCGAAGGUAAUGCAAUAAAACUUUUGCGCGCGCAUUUCUUGCAGUACAUAACGGUAACGCUUCGGCCCUGUCGUCCUCUCUCUGUGCCUGUGUGUGUCCGUGUGUGGGUGGGCUAAAAAAAUAACACUCGCUCGCUGGCGCUCUCUCGCUCUGCCCGGCAUCGCCCCAUCUCGCUCUCAGUCGAUUCCCAUUCGAAUGCAAUUCGUUUCGUUGAUUUCUCGCAUUCGUGGCGUAGGAAAGGGGAAGGAGGAACGAAGAGGAAGAGCGGCCGGCAGCGACGCCGACGCCGCAGUCGCCGUGAAAGCAGAGUCCCUGGCAUCUCUCAAUCUCUCAAUCUCUCAGUGACAAUCCGUCGGUACGGUACUCGAAAACGGCACACGGAUUUUCCAAAUUCCGCAUAUUCGAAAUCUCGCGAAAUCGAAUCACAAUUCACAACCCAAAAAAUAUAUUCGAAAAAUAUAUUCAAACGAAAUUCGGAAUCGAAACAAAUUUUUAACACAAACCAAGUGCGCGAGUGUCUGUGUUGACUGUGAUUUUGAGUUUUAGAAUUAUUUUAGAACCCUGUUAAAGAAAAAAAUAUCAAAAAUAAAUAAGAGCAAAGAAACAAAUAAACAAGUGUGGGCCACGAUGAAGUAUGGAUUGUGUGACAAGUGAACAGAGUGAAAAGAACAAUAACAAGCCCAGCGCGAUCAAUAACAACAAUAUCGGGAUCGGUAUCGGGAUCAGGAGCCUAGAGGAGUUGACCAGUGGCAGUAUGAACACCACGGCCAUGUUGAUGCACCACCAGCAGCAGCAGCAGGCAGCCGCCGCGGCAGCUGCAGCGGCCGCAGCAGCCCAACAGCAGCAGCAAGCUCAGCAGGCACAGCACAACGGACGCGACGGCAGCAACAGUUCCCGCGGCGCCAAUGACGAUCGCCCCAAUGGCCGGAGCUCCCACACGGGCCGGGGAUCCAGCUGCUCGCCGGCCAGCUCGCCAAGCCGUCAUCCGAGCGCCGUCAGUCCCGUGAGCUCCCUCAAUCACUCCAUGAUGCAGCAGAUGCAGCAGCAGCAGCAACAGCAGGCUCAGCAGCAGGCCCAGCAGCAGCAGCACCAUCAGCUCAGUCCUCCGCCGCAUGGAUUGUCCUCCGGUAAUGGAUUGCCGGCUGGACUGCCGCCGCGAAUGCCCCACGGUCUGCCGCCCCAUUCUCUGGGAUUGCUCAACUCCCUGCAGAUGAUGCAUCAUGCCUCCCCGCUGGAACUGAUGGCCGCCGCCCAUCAUCAUGUGCCGCCAAGGUCGUACAACUCGCCGCCACCCAUUUCCACCUCUGAUCCCAGCGCCAACGAGUGCAAGCUGGUGGAGUAUCGUGGCCAGAAGGUCGCUGCCUUCAUUAUCAGCAAUGAGACAAUGCUCUGCCUGCCGCAGGCCUUUGAGCUCUUCCUCAAGCACCUGGUUGGGGGCCUGCACACGGUAUACACCAAGCUCAAGCGCCUGGACAUUGUGCCGCUCGUGUGCAACGUGGAGCAGGUGCGAAUCCUGCGCGGACUGGGUGCCAUCCAGCCGGGCGUCAAUCGCUGCAAGCUGCUCAGCUGCAAGGACUUUGAUGUUCUCUACAGGGACUGCACCACAGCCAGAUGCCUAUCGAUCAAGCCACCAGAGAGUAACUCUCUGCAAUUCCGCAGUUCCAGACCGGGUAGACCGCCCAAAAGGGGACCCGUGGGGCUUUCCCUACCGCCCACUCACCUAUCGCAGCAUCCGCAACUGAAAAAGCAUCGCCUGGACAACGGGGAUUAUGCCUAUGAAAAUGGGCACAUCAGUGAUAUGAACCGCUUGGAAAAGUCACCACUCCUGGCUAAUGGCUACAAUCCGCCGCCCAUCAAUCACAUGGCCUUCAUGCAGAUGAACGCCCACCAUCCUGGAGCGGCGGCUCUCAUGUCGCCGGGCAUGCCGCCCCAUGGCCUACACGCCCGUCCCGAAAGCCAGAUGCUAAAGGCCGCCGCCCAAAAUGCGGGCAUGUCAGCAGCAAACAUGGAUGCCUUGGCGCGUUCUGGGAUCUGGGAGAAUUGCCGGGCAGCCUACGAGGAUAUUGUCAAGCAUCUGGAGAGGUUGAGGGAAGAGCGAACGGACGAGCGCCAGCAGGUGAUGGGCGUUGGCUCCGGGGUGGUGGAUCGAGUGGGAAAUGUGAUGGUCGGCGAUAUCAAGCCCAGGGAUCUAAGCUCAAGGAAUUGCUCCCCCACCCGCCAGAGUCCUGUGCUGAAUCUUAGCAAAUCCGGCGGAAAUACUGAUCAUGGCGGCAGCAAUUGUGAUGCGGGUAGCGAGCGUAGCGACUGCCAUUCGGUGGCGGGUUCUCCGGGUCGAGGAGGAUCCCGUAGCCUGGACGAGGGCAGUCGCAGUGGGGGCGUUGGUGGUGUCUCCUCGCAUGUGGGCAGCGGUGGAAUUAUCGGGGUGGAGGAUGAUGAGGAGGAGGAGGAGAACCUCAGCGACGAGAAUCAAUCCGAAGUGGAUGAACGUUGCCUGGCCAAAGAUGAAGAAGAUUUGAGUGACACGGAACGUGAUAACCUGUCCACGGGUUCGGCGGCAGCUGCAGCGGCUGCGGCAGCGGCGGCGGCUCACCAGCUCCACCAGCACGCGGCCUCGCACCACCAUCAGGCGGUGGGCCUGUCACACCUGGGCGUUGGAGUGGUGCCCCAGCAUCAAAGGGGCUCGCCCUCAUCGGCGGAGGCAGCGGCUGCCGCCGCUCUGCAGCACCAAAGAGCCUUGAACUACUCCCAAUUGGCGGCAGCGGCUGCGGCGGCCAAUGGAGCGGCUGUGGGUGGUGGUGCGGUGCCCAAUGGACCGGCUGGUGCCGGCGGCGGUGGUGCUUUGACCCCUAACGAGGCGCUGAUGGCGGCCAACGAUGCGGCCGCCUUGGCCGGAGGUCUGGCCCUGGGUCCCCUGGGCAUUGAUGCCCAUGCUGCUGUGCCCGCCAGCUCCACGGAAACGCUGCUCAGGAAUAUCCAGAGUCUGCUCAAGGUGGCGGCGGAUAAUGCCAGGCAGCAGGAGCGUCAAAUUAGCUACGAGAAAGCUGAGCUCAAGAUGGACGUUCUCCGAGAGCGAGAGGUCAAGGAUUCUUUAGAGCGUCAACUUGUCGAUGAACGUAAACUGAGAGUUCUCUACCAAAAGCGUUUCCGACGCGAACGUAAGAUACGCAUUCGCUUUCAGCAGCAACUUGGCGGCGGCAGCGGUGCCUCCAAGGGCAGCCCCAAUGCCAAUGGUAGCGGUGGCGGUGGCUCUGGAUCCGCUUGCAGCGAAUCCGAGGCUUGUGGGGGCGGUGGCUCUGAUUCCAAAUGCAGCACCAACAACAACAAUAAUAAUAACAAUAACAAUAGCAACAGCAGCAGCCACGGCGGUGAUGUAGAGGCGAUGAAAGAAAACGACAACGGCAGCGAAAAGUCAGACAAAUCCCUGGGCUCCAAUUCCUCCUGUGAUGUUACCGCCGGACACUCGGCCGGUUCCGUUUCCGGUUCAAUUUCCGCGGGUGCCAACUGCCCGGACUCGCCCACCCACUUCAAGCGGGAGCCACACUCCGAUCACGAGGGCUCUGUGGAGCGUCAGCAUCGCUCUUCGGCCGCCUCCCUGGGUGCCCAGGAUGAGGAGCAACGUUGUGGCAGUCGCGAGCGAGACGAACGGCCGCCAAGCGGUUCAGCCGCCGCCGCUGCCGCAGUUUCUGCAUCCGCAUCCGCAGCAGCCGUGGCAGCCGCAGCAGCUGCUGCAGAGGGCAGCCUGGCCGCAGCAGCAGCGGCAGCAGCAGCGGCGGCUGCCAGUAAUGGCAAGGGGCCAUGGAGCUAUCCGGGCAUUGAUCUAAUGGCCACCGGGGCAUUUUGGCAGAAUUAUUCGGAAUCCCUGGCCCAGGAGCUGGAGAUGGAGCGCAAGACGCGGGCGGCCAAUGCCGAGCGGGAUGUUAAGAGUCCGCUGUCGGAGCGGCCGACGGCUUACUACAAAAACUCCGUGCUCUUUGGUAGCGCCAACUAAGCACCUGGACAGGUGAAGGUGAGCCCCUCCGUAGGCCUGGAUAUAUAUUCACACAUAUAUAUAUUUGAUCUCAGAGUGCAAUCCCAACCGGCGGCUGCUCUUGAGGGCAAACUUUGUACAUAAAAAUAACCGAGUUAAAAUAAGACGACUAUAAAAAAAGAGUUUUGAGAACGUUGCAAACGUUGGAGCGGCCAUUUUGUACAUAUAGAGAAAUCAUAGAGAAAAGAUGCAAGAACUUCCGAUAUAACCCAUAUAGAGUGCUUAGAUCCAAUAACGUGCAGUAGAGUGUAAGCUUACAGAUACGUUGUAAAUACAUAAUAUAUAUAGCAGCCGA